UAUUAUUAUUUUUCCUUCAGACCGCGAGCGGAGCGAUAUCUCCAAAUCCAACGCCGGCUCGAGACGGCCAUCGAGUGCCAGAGAGAGAGAGAGAGAGAGAGAGCGAGAUAAUGGAAGGGGAAAAUGCCGGCUCCGCCCUACCGCCGAUGCAUCCCGCGAUCGCUCCUCUCUCGUUUCUUCUGGGGAGGUGGAAGGGUCAGGGCGAAGGCGGGUUCCCCACUAUCAACUCAUUCGCCUACGGCGAAGAGCUCCUCUUCUCCCACUCCGGAAAGCCUGCUCCGUCCCUGCUGCAGCCUGUGAUAGCGUAUAGCCAGAAGACAUGGAAGCUGGCAUCGGGUGAACCCAUGCACGCGGAGAGUGGCUACUGGCGCCCAAAACCCGAUGGCUCCAUCGAAGUGGUCAUCGCCCAAAGCACCGGCCUCGUUGAGGUCCAGAAGGGCACAUACGAUACUGAAAGCAAGGCUAUAACACUUCAAAGCGAACUCGUUGGUAAUGCUUCCAAGGUGAAGGAGAUUACAAGGGUGUUCAAGGAGGUUGAUGGUGAACUUUCGUAUGUUGUCCAAAUGGCUACCAUGAUGACUAGUCUUCAACCACACUUGAAGGCUUUGCUUAAGAAGAUUUGACAACGUAAACCAACUCCUUUAGAGUGUAAUAAAAUGAAAGAUCUGAUCUCAACUUUGGACUUCACACUGUUUGAAUUUAGGCAAUCAAUAUUUGAUGAUGUUUCUGUGCAAUAAUAUAUUUCCUUCUCUUUACCCUACAAAAAAUGAUUCUUCUCAUUAA